UGUUGACCACUGGAGAGUGGAGACGUGAAAAAAAUAACCCAAAACAAAGAAGGAACAAAUCGAAAUCCCGUGUUUUGCUCAGUAUCGGUUUUCUGUUCGGGGAAAAGUGGAAGAAAUCGGCGAGAAGGAGAAUUAAGAGGGAAUCCAAGGAGAGGCCGACCGUGAUUUCUGAAAUUUCGGUUAUCAGGGUUUUUCUCCAUGGAUUCUCCUGAAUCUUCCACCGCCAAGGUCAAUCCUGACGUCAACACUGAUGCGGCAGUCAACGUUUCUCGGUCGUUGAACUCGCCUUCAGUGCAAGAAUCUCCGUUCUCUCAUUUCGUUAGCACCUUCUCUCCUCUGACUCUUGGCGAUUCUUCUCGUUCAUCCCAUGUCUUCUUGGGACUGAAUUCCCCGCCGGCUAUAUUCACAACGCCCCGUGCGAACCCAGUUCACGAAUCUGGUCUUGUGAUAAGUGAUGGUAACACUCAGGCAUCUAACGAAGAGGAGAAAAAGGAGAAGGGGAACGAAAACCAGGAUAAGGAGCCUCGAGACUGUGUUAACUGGGACAAGCCUGCCAUUGACUUAGAUGCAUGCUUGGCAAAUGACUCUAGAGCCACUGCUACUGAUAACGAUGAUCAAGUCCAAAGCAGUGGCUCCUCUGAAUGCGUUGAUAGGUACUUGGCGGAUAAUGCGGAGGAAAAAUCGACAUGGCUGGACCAUACGGUAGACCAAAAGCUAAAGCAUAUAAGGCAGGUGCUUGAGAUAUCACCAAGCAAUGCAGAUACUGCAACAUGCUCCUCCCUAAACGUAAUGGCAGAUUAUGAAAAGGAGAUGUUAACCAAAGGUCUGAUUGAAGAGGAUGCCAAAGGGAAGGGAGUGCUUGGUGGUGGACAAGGAACUGGUCGAGAAGAGGUAACAAAUGGUGAAGGGAAAUGCAAAUAUUGCUCAAAAGAGCUUCAUGAUCAAUGCAAAUGUUUAUAUUCUCAGUCUGAAAAGGUUGGAUGCGAGGAAGAACGCAAGUUUCCUUCUGAAAUUCCAUCUGAACACAUGCAAACUGUUCAAUCACUUGAAGAUCCUAAUAAUAACGUUGAAUCGCUCCUGAGCAAACCAAAUGACAUUGUGGUGCUUGAGUCUGAGGGAAAUCAACAACGGGGUAUGAGUAGACGUUGCCUUCAGUUUGAAGAAGCUCAACCCAAAGCAAAUUCAAAUACAAACAGUUCAUUGGCCAUGACAGCUUUCUUACGACCUGUUAGUGCACCUUCAGAAAGCGAUCCCUUUGAUUCAAGCACAUCUUCCUGUAGCAGACAUUUGACUGAUACAUCUCCAACGGUGACUGAUGUCCCUUGCUCUGCUACUAAUAUAAAGCAAAUUGCACCUGCUUCCAAGCCAUUAGGGAUCGGCGUACAUCUAAACAGCAUUAUCAAGACUGUGCCAUUUCACCAUGAUGGCAAUGCAAGUCUGAAGCCAUCGGACCGUUCCAUGAGUGUACUGGAGAUAAGAUCAAAGGUCAUAGCAGAUACUAGUCCACCACAGAUCACAAACGAUGAAUUUCUUCAGGACCCAGAAGAUUUUAUGUCAUUGCAGAUAAUAGAUGACCUUGCUACUCCUGGCGACAAGCGGAAGUUUGUCCCGGAAAAUCCUGAUCAUUUUGAGCAACACAGCCAACUAAGCCCCAAAAAGAAGAAGCUCUCCAGCAGUCCCGAUGAUGAUGGUAACAAACGUUGUAACUGUAAAAAGACCAAAUGCCUGAAGCUGUACUGUGACUGUUUUGCUGCUGGCGUAUAUUGUGAUGAAUCUUGUGCAUGUCAAGGGUGCUUAAACAAACCUGAACAUGCAGAGACUGUUCUUCAGACCCGUCAACAAAUCGAAUCCCGGAAUCCGCUUGCAUUUGCUCCAAAGAUCAUACAGAGUGGAUCCGACUUUUCCAUGAGUAAUAUGGAAACCGGAACCCUUACUACACCUGCAUCAGCAAGGCACAAAAGAGGAUGCAACUGCAAGAAGUCAAUGUGUCUAAAGAAGUACUGCGAAUGCUAUCAGGGUGGUGUUGGCUGCUCCAGCGGAUGUAGAUGUGAGAAUUGCAAAAAUAUCUAUGGGAAGAAGGAUGAGUUUUUGAGCAGCAGAGAGAUAACCGAAAGACCUGAACCAGAUAGAAGAAUGGACUUGGCGGUCGCCAGGAAAAGUUCAUUGCAGGCUGAAACAUAUCAUAUGCACAAACUGACCCCGGUCACUCCAUCACUCCAGCAUUCUGACCGUGGUAAAGUUGCUCCAAAAUCCCAGAUUAUUAUCCGGAGAUGCAAUCAUCCUCCUGAUUCUGAUCCGAGAUCACUUAGACAUUCAGAUGGAACCGAUCCUAAUCCUGAAGCCAGUGUUGAAGCUACAGAAACGAGUUCUUAUAAUCACAAGACCAGCCAAAACAGUCCUGAAAUGGCAGGAUUCGGUCCAGUGACAACAAAUCCUCUGCCGACACCCACAGGAUGUUCUUCAACUUCACUGUGCACUUCUCCGACAUUUGGUUCAGGCAGUGGAGUCUUUAACGUUCGAGAAGAUGGAUACACACAUGAGAUCUUGACAGAUGCUUCAAUGGCGAUCAAGCCAGUGAAAGUGUGCUCGCCUAGCAGAAAACGGGUCUCCCCUCCUCGAAGUUGUCUGAGCCAGGCAGGAUCGAGCUCUUCAGUGCCACUGAGAAGUGGGCGCAAGUUUAUACUCAAAGCCCUGCCUCCUUUUCCGCCUCUCACGCCCUGUGUUGAGAACAAAAGCAUUACACCAGAGGACAAUCCUCAGCCUGAAUGAAGGGAUGGUAGAUCCUUGAUGUUAGCUCUUGCAAGGUGACACUAUUUCCUUAGCUUCUCUUACUCUUGUCGUCAUCACGGUCCAUUAUAUGCAGGAAUGAGCUUAAUGGUGGAUAAACUUUGGUUUAAUCUUAUAAUGGGAAUGGGAUCCUAAUCAUGCAGACGAUGAGUAUCCUCUUGUCUUGGAAAAAGAAAUCACGACAUAUGAGGCGGUAUCUGUGUUCGCGAUUGCCUUGUGGGCCACGCUACCCUUUGGGCUUUGCCCUAAAAAACCCGACCAAAUAAAUAUCAAACGCUUUGGACCUAUAUUACAUUCUUUUGAACUGUUUGUACUUACUACAUUCUUUUUCUAUUAUUAUUAUUAUUAUUAUUAUUAUUA